AUGGCAGCAAACCGCACCCGCCGCCUCCAGAAAGAAAUCGCCGACAUCCUCAAAGACACCCACAGCGGCAUCACCGUUACCGCCCCCGACGGCACCCCCGAAAUCACCGACUUCACCCGCUUCAAAGGCCACUUCCUCGGUCCCCCCGACACCCCCUACGAAGCCGGCCGCUACGAAGUCGACAUCAGAAUAACCCCCGAAUACCCCUUCAAACCCCCCGAGAUGCGCUUUAUUACGAAAAUCUGGCAUCCGAAUAGUUUGUUGAGUUCGCCCGAGCCGAAGGAUCCGCAGGAUGCGGAGGUGGCGAGUAUGCUCUUGACACGACCGGAGGAAUUCGCCCAUGUAGCCCGCGAAUGGGCGAUCCGGUAUGCCGCCGCUCCCAAACCCAUACCCGGCUCCAAUCGCACUGGUGCUUCUUCAUCAGGCUCUUCCGGCCUCGACGAAGCGGCGCUGAAGGAGAAGAAGAAGGUGGAGGAUAAGGAGAAGAAGCGGGCGGAGGAGCGGCGGCGGAGGGAGGCGUAUCAUGGGUUCGCACCCGCCAUGAUCGAUCGGUUCACGGGGAUGGGGUUUCAGGUCGAGCAGGUUGUCGCGGCGUUUGAGUUUGUGGGGAUUGAUCGGGCCGGAGGGGAGGAGUAUGAGCUUGAGGAGGAGUAUAUUGGGGAUGUGACGGCGAGGUUGUUUGGGGAGAUGUAG